AUUAUUACGCUUUAUGGAUAUUGAUGGUAACAAACAUUUGAAGAAGUUAUUUUGGAAGUCAUUUGUCGAAUUACAACGGACAAUAAAUGGCACAUUUGAUCUAGAUUAUAAAAAUAUUCUGUUAUUGUUAAACGUGUAUCUAAUCUCUCCGACAAAUUCAGCUGAAUGUGAACGCGGUUACAGUGCAUCAAAUCGAAUACAAACGGAUGGUCGUUCAAGAAUAAUGAUAGAUACAUUAGAUUGUUUAUUAAGUGUACGAUUAUUAUUACCAGAUGAUAUAAGAAGUGUAAACUGUCAUCGAGUUAUUGAAAACGCAUUCAAUUUAUGGAAUGAUCCAGAAGCAAAUCGUCGAUGGAGAAGAACAAAGCUGAUUAUAGAUGUACCACAGGAUUAUGAACCAACUCGACAAAUUCGCCCUACGGUCAAAUCAAGAAAACGAACAAGAAUAUCCAUGAUUUAUAGUGGUCAGUCAAGUAAACCAAAAAAACCAAGGUCGACAGCCGUAAAAUGUGCAAAUGGUUGUAAACGAACAAUAUCAUCCAAUGAUCCACUUCAAGAAGAUGCCAUCCAAUGCUGUCAUCAAAAUGACUUUAAUGAUUGGGUGGAACAUGAAGACAACUGCUCCAGGUGGCUUUGUAAUGUUUGUCGGAUCCUUUUAUCAAUUCCAGUUGACUCAACUACGUGGUUUUGUGAAGAUCAUUUGGAUAUGCACAUAGAAGAAGAAGAAGAAAUAAAAGAGACAGUAUGA